AUGUCCCUAGCUGCGUCACGACCUAUGCCCUCGGCGCCGAACCGAGAGGACAUCAGCCAGACAUGGGAGUACCUUCAGAGUGGUAUUUCCAAGAUCAUGAUUAAUCUGCAGGAAGGAAUGGAUAUGACCACUUACAUGGGCAUUUAUACGGCGGUUCAUAACUUCUGUACAUCACAAAAAGCUGUCGGGUUAGGCAGCUCCAACGCAGUAGGACAGGCUCACAGAGGAGCGCAUCUCCUUGGCGAGGACCUCUACAAGAAAUUAAAGGAAUACCUUAACAACCACCUCAAUGGACUCUACGAACAAUCAAAGGGACAUGCUGACGAGGCCUUACUGGCAUUCUAUAUCAGAGAAUGGAACAGAUAUACGGUCGCCGCCAAGUACAUCCACCACCUCUUUCGAUAUCUCAACCGACACUGGGUCAAGCGAGAGAUGGACGAAGGAAAGAAGAAUACGUACGACGUUUACACCCUACAUCUAUACCAAUGGCGUACUGAAUUCUUUACACUUGUUAAUAAGAAGGUUAUGGAUGCGGUACUCAUGCUGGUAGAGAAGCAGAGAAAUGGCGAGACCAUUGAGCAUAGGCAGAUCAAGCAAGUUGUCGAUUCCUUCGUAUCCCUCGGUCUUGAUGAGCACGAUGCGACCAAGUCGACUCUCGAUACCUACAGAUAUCAUUUCGAGAAGCCGUUCCUUGCAGCAACGGAGGAGUUUUACAAGGCUGAAUCUAAGCAAUUUGUCGCUGAGAACAGCGUCGUGGAAUACAUGAAGAAGGCUGAGACUAGACUAGCUGAAGAGGAAGAGCGUGUCCGCAUGUACCUUCACAACGACAUAGCGCUGCCGUUGAAGAAGACAUGCAACAAGGCCUUGAUCGCUGACCACUCCGCAAUGCUGAGGGAUGAAUUCCAAGUUCUCCUCGACAAUGACCGAGAGGAAGAUAUGGCCCGUAUGUACAAUCUUCUCUCCAGGAUUCCGGAUGGGCUAGAGCCACUACGGCAGAAGUUCGAGGCUCACGUCCGCAACGCUGGUCUUAACGCGGUUGCAAAGGUUGCUUCGGAUGCCGAGAAACUUGAGCCCAAGGUCUACGUGGAAGCUUUACUUGAGACGCAUACCCGAUAUCAAGGUUUGGUUAAGCGUGCAUUUGCCGAUGAGCCGGAAUUCACAAGGUCUUUGGAUAAUGCCUGCAGAGAGUUCGUGAACCGCAAUGAGAUUUGCAAAGCAGGAAGCAGCAAGUCUCCCGAACUUCUCGCCAAGUAUACCGAUGUGUUGCUAAGAAAGAGUGGGGCUGGCGUGGAAGAGGCUGAACUCGAUGCUACUCUAACGCAAAUCAUGACCGUUUUCAAGUACAUUGAGGACAAGGAUGUAUUCCAGAAGUUCUACUCGAGAAUGUUAGCCAGACGUCUGGUGCACAGCAAUUCGUCAUCGGAUGACGCUGAAACGAGCAUGAUAAGUAAGCUCAAGGAAGCGUGCGGUUUCGAAUAUACAAACAAAUUGCAGCGCAUGUUCCAGGACAUGCAAAUCUCCAAGGAUCUCAACACCGGAUUCCGAGAGCAUACCAAGGGCCUGCAAUCAGAGAAGCAGCCACUUGACUCCUCAUACUCGAUCCUAGGAACCAGCUUUUGGCCUCUGACGCCCCCUAAUACAACGUUCAAUCCGCCAGCUGAGAUUCAAACCGACAUUGAUCGGUUCACACUCUUCUACAAGAACAAACACGAAGGCCGUAAGCUAAGCUGGUUAUGGCAACUCUGCAAAGGAGAGCUCAAGACUGGCUACUGCAGGCAAUCAAAGACGCCCUAUACUUUUCAAGUGAGCGUUUAUCAGAUGGCUAUCCUUCUACAAUUCAAUUCAAAGGAUGUCCAUUCAUACGAUGAUAUCGCAUCGGUUACUCAGCUGACUAACGAGGUUUUGGAUCCUGCCCUCGGUAUCCUUCUCAAGGCCAAAGUUCUUCUUAUGAAGCCUGACGGCGAGAAGCCUGGCCCCGGAAAGAUGUUCCACCUUAACUACGAUUUCAAGAGCAAGAAGAUCCGUGUUAACCUUAAUGUUGGCACCAAGACGGAGCAGAAGCAGGAGGAGGCCGACACCAAUAAGACGAUUGAGGAUGACCGUCAAAUGGUUCUACAGUCUGCUAUUGUCCGAAUAAUGAAGGCACGAAAGAAGAUGAAGCACAACCUACUAAUUACCGAGUGUAUUACUCAGAUCCGGUCGCGCUUCGUGCCUAAAGUUGGUGACAUCAAGAAGUGCAUCGAGAUCCUUCUUGACAAGGAAUACCUGGAGCGUCUGGAAGAUGAUGAUCUCGGUUAUCUCGCUUAA